AUAUUAUUAUUAUUUUUUUUUUUUUUUUUAUUCAAAAUUUAUUAAAUCUUAAACAUAUUUAUUAACUUUUAUUUUUUAUUUUUUUUUUUAUAGAAUUUACUUUUAUUUUUUAUCAGUAUUUAAUUUUUUGUAUAUAUAUUUCAUUUAUUUCAUUUAUUUAAUUUAAAAAAAACAAUUUAAUAAAAAAAAAAGAAAAAAAAAAAAAAGAGAAUAAAAAAUUAAAUUUAAAUUUUUUUUUUUUUAUAUUUUUAUUUAAAUUUAUUUUUUUAAAUGGAAUCAUCAAACCAACCAAGGGAUUUAAAAUCUCUUUUGUCAUUCUUUGAAGAGGUUAAAGAUAAACAAUCACAUCAUGAUUUUUCAAUUCAUAAUGGUAAAAAGAAUACGGUACCCCAGGUGCCACCAAGAGCUCAUUCACUUUCUAAUGUAAGAACUGAUGGUAAUAAUAGUAUUAAUAGUAAUAAUCCAGCAAAUUUAACAACAUCUUUUCAAGGUAACCAAUUAUAUCAACAACAACAACAACAUAAUAAUAAUAACACAAAAUCAAUUCAUGAACACUCACCAAUAUCAUCAGCAUCAACUACACCAUCGGAUUUACUAUCACCAAAUCAAAUGGGUGUCGGUAGACCUCCAUCUUCAUCCAUUGACUUUUUAAGAGCCAGUGGUAAUAGCGAGUCGAUGAAUAAACCAUUAAGACCAUUAUCAGCAUCAACUUCUCCAACACAGAUUAGUCAAAGUGCAGUACAAUUCCAAAAUGAAGAGUUAAUAAGGGAUAUUAGAAAUGAAAGGGCAUCCCACCAACAAACUAAAUAUUUAUUAAAAUCACUCCAAGCAGAAAAUCAAAAACUAUCAUCUGAAAUAUCCAUUUGGAGAGCAAAAUACUAUAAAUUAUUAACAAAGAAUCAAAAGGUCAAAGUUAUUUUAGAUCAUUUCCAAACUGUAAUGAAUGAAAGUGAUUCUAUACCAGUGGAUCAACCAAAUGGCACCUUAUCAAACUCUAAUUCAUUAAGAAAAAUGAAUGUAAAUAAUAUUAGCAGCCCAAAUGGUAAUCAAUUAAACACAUCUGGGGAAUCAGUUUCAAAUUCACAAUCACCAUCGCACUCUAUUCAUCAUCAACGUAACCACUCCAAUUCAAGUGUUGGUAGUACUCAUGGAUAUAUCAUUGAUAAGUACUCUACAAUCUCGUAUCCAAGUGACACUACAAGAACUAGAAAACCUACAGUUAGUACAUCAACAUUUUUCUCCCACCCAAGUGUUUUUCCAGCAUCCACUAUUAGAGGUUCAUCCUCAACAUUUUCUUUAAAUAAUGAAAAUACUGAAGUUGAAGAUUUAUCUGAAGAGGAGUAUUACAGUAUGCUAGAAAAGAGAAGAGAGGUUUCCCAUCAAAUUUUGAAUACAGAAAGAGAUUAUGCACACUUUUUAAAUAUUAUCGUCGAAGAUUUCCUCACUCCACUUAAAGUUGAAUGUUACCAAUCAAAUAAUCCAUUCAUUACAGGUGUACAAGUUAAACAAUUGUUUGGUGAUAUUGAAGUUAUUUUGGGUUCAAGUAAAUUAUUAAUCGAAGAUUUAGAAAAGGUAUUGCUAGAUGGCUCUACCAAUUCUAUUGGUUUGGGUGACGUAUUUUUAAAGAUUUGUGAUUAUUUUAAAUUAUAUUCCCCAUAUGUCAAAAAUUAUUACUCAUCAAUUUCAAUUUUUAAUAAAUUAAAAGAAGAAAGUCAUAAAUUCCAAACAUUUAUUCAAGAAAGAGAAUAUAUAUUAAAUGAAUACAAUUUCACAGAUUUAGGUUCGCUUUUAAUUUUACCACUUACUAGAAUUGGUCAAUAUACAUCAAUGAUAAAUUUAUUAUUCAAUUUAACACCACAAACCCAUCCAGAUUUCGAAUCAUUCAAGAAUGCAGUUAGAAAGAUGAAAUCAAUUGUAGAUUAUGUUAAAGAAAAAAUUAAAGAUUUCGAAAGUCAAAAUAAAGUUAGAACUAUCCAAAAUCAAAUGGUUGGUAAAUUUGAUAAUUUAAAUCUUCCACAUAGACGUUAUAUCAGAGAGGGAUUACUUACAGAAAUUUCAAAGAAUUCAAAUCUUACUCAAUACCAUUGCUUCCUUUUUAAUGAUAUCUUUGUACUUUCUACCCCAAUAAAGAAAUCGAACCAAUAUCAAUUCAAAAAGAAAAUCUCAUUUUUAGAUGCUGAAGUAUCAAUGAUAUCAGAUCCUGAGGAUAGACCAGUAUUCCAAAUUUCUAUACCAACUGCAGAAAGCGAGGGUUCUCCAAACAUGCUCUCAUUGAAUGGUUUAUCAUCUGCAUUGGUUAGUUCAAUUGGUGGUGGUAAUGGUAAUAGUUCAAUCUCUAUUAGCAGUGGUGUCGAUAAAACAAAGAGUGGUAAAGAAGAUGAUUCAAAGAAUGAAGAAAAAGAGGUUUAUACAUUCAUUGCCGAUAGUAAUAGAGAUAGAGAAGAGUGGAUUGCAGCUAUUCAACAUCAUAUAACCGCAACUAAAAAGAAUUUUGAUAAUAGAAAACCAGAGGAUAUCGAGAAGGGUGGUAUUGAUUUCAAUACAUCCGAAAUUAAAUUAUGCGAACAAAUUGGCAGUGGUGGUAGUGGUUGUACAGUUCAUAGAUGCACAGUCGAUGGUUUCACUUGUGCUGUCAAGGUUUUAAAACUCAAAAAUACCUCAGAGUAUUUGGUAGAGCAAUUCGUUUCAGAAAUUAAAAUCAUGGUAAAAUUAAGCAAUCAAAAUAUUGCAAAAUAUUUGGGUCAUCGUUUAACACAGGGCCAGUUAUGGUUGUUUAUGGAAUUUUAUCCACAUUCACUUAAGGAUAUCAUUUCCAAGAGACAAGCUCCUUUCCCAGCAACCGAGGUUAUUUGGAUGGCACUAGAAAUCGCCAAGGGUUUAGAAUUUCUUCAUACACAAAAACCACCUAUUAUUCACAGAGAUUUAAAGCCAGGUAAUAUUAUGUGUUCACUUGAUGAAAAUGGUAAGGUUUGUAACAUCAGGGUUUGCGAUUUCGAUACAUCAAAAGAAAUGGGCAGUGGUGUAAUGUUAAAAACAUGUAUUGGUACUCCAUGUUAUAUGGCUGCUGAAGUUUUAAAUGUCUCUGAAGAAAAUGGAAAUGGUUAUAGUUUGAAAGCCGAUAUUUGGUCAUUCGCUAUGCUUUGCUUUGAAAUUAUUGCAUUAUUGCCACCUUAUCAUCAAUUCCAACAUCUUCAAUCAAUUGAAAUGAUUAUAAAUGGUACUUGCCCACCUUUACCAAGUCAUUUAAUUUCACCUCAACUCCAACCACUCAUUGAGCUUUUAGUAACAUGUAUUGAUUUGGUUCCAUCCAAACGUCCAACUGCAACCCAAUUAGUUUCAAAAUUAACAAAAAUGUUAAAAGUUUCUGGUAAAUUACAAGAAUAAUAAAUAAAUAACAAGUUUAAAAAAUAAAAUUUUAUUUCAACAAAUGUAUUUU